CUUUGGUUAACGGAAAGCUGAUGGCACCAAAGCCGAUGUGGCCCCGCCGCUUCGCCGCCGCCUUUAGCAGCCCGCCUCGGGGCAAGAAUACGACGGGUGCCUACUCGCUGCUCUACCCCGAGGCGGAGCGGAUCGCACUCGCCGACGGCAGCAGAGAUCACCUCUGCUCCGCGUUGCACCCCGGCACCGCGUGCACGCAGCUCACCACCGGCGGGGUUCGCUACCUCGAUUUCCCGCGGCUGGGCCGCUGCUGCAAGUGCUGCUCCUAUGCGUCUGGCUCGUACCGCUGCGGCGGCCCGCUCGGGCCUCAGUGGCUCGACAAUGCCACCGGCAACCUCGUCUACAUGGGCGUCGCCGCGACGCCGCAUGGCCAGUGCGACAAGUGGGACGCACAGGGGCUCCGCGGCCACCACAACUAUUACUACCAAUUUACCGACCGGGGCACGCCGUGCGAGGUGGACGGCCUCAACUACUUGCGCACGCCCUCCCAACCCGCGGACGAUUUGUAUGUAUUCGACCCCGCGAGUUACAGCACCGAGGUGGCGCUGUCCGAUUUUGAAGUGCCCUCGCGUUGUGCCGGCGCUGGCGCUUGCAGGGCGAGUGUGUGCGACGACGACACCCGGCACCCACGCAACAUCAACGAGAGAGUAGUCUCCCAUGAAUAGUCCAGCGGUGCGGCGCCUCAAAGAUGGAUACACGGGUAUGUUCAUAAGAGCUACAUAUACUGAAA